UUAAUGUAGUGGAGGCACUGCAGGAGUUCUGGCAGAUGAAACAGGAUCGAGGUGCAGACCUGAAGAAUGGGGCUCUUGUCGUGUACGAAUCCCAGCCGUCUAACGCCCCGCCAUAUGUAUGUUUUGUAUCUCUGCCUGGUGGAAGCUGUUUUGGAAGUUUUCAGCACUGUCCAACAAAGGCUGAGGCAAGACGUAGUGCAGCUAAAAUAGCCUUAAUGAAUUCUGUGUUUAAUGAACAUCCAUCAAGGAAAAUUUCUGACGAGUUUAUCGAGAGAGCUGUGACAGAUGCUUGUGCUUCCUUCAAGGGCAACAUGGCUGAGGCAGACAACCCUAACACAGGGAUUGGUGCAUUUCGCUUCAUGUUGGAAUCCAACAAGACACGAACAAUGUUGGAAUUUCAAGAACUUAUGACCGUGUUUCAGCUGUUACAUUGGAAUGGCAGCUUGAAAGCUAUGCGCGAGAGAAACUGUUCCCGGCAGGAAGUGUUGUCACAUUAUUCACAUCGUGCCUUGGAUGACGACAUGCGUUCACAGAUGGCGCUCGACUGGAUCGCUCGAGAGCAGGAGAGUCAGUCAAUUAUCGAGCGGGAAUUAGAAAUUGCGGAGAGAGAACUUGAAAGUGCGAGGCUUGCUGGACGUGAAUUAAGAUUCUUUAAGGAAAAGCGGGAUAUUCUUGUCCUGGCAUUGAGUCAAAUCGGCCCAAGUGAUAGCUUAGCUUAAAUAGUGCAUUUAAUUUACAGCAUCGUUUACUGGUGACAGAGAUGCUAAAAAAGACAUGUAAGCUAUGAGCAGCAUAAAGAGCAAUAAUUUUAUAUCAGUUUUUAAAGUUUGGUUAGAAGCUACGUUCAUGGAACUGAUAUAUCAAAGAUAGAUGUUCUGUUUUAUCAUGAAAUUUAUCAGAUGUAUAUUGAAGACUUGAAGAAAAAUAACAAUACCAGAAACAGGGUAGAAAGUAUUUUAUUUUGGCAAAAUAACAAAUUCAGCACGGAAAGAUAUGCAGUGUUUUAAAAGAUUAUAUUUUCAUUAACUAUUUUUGACAUUUUUAUAAAUGCAAAUAUUAUUGUCUAUUAUGAUAAAAAAAAGCAUAUUUGUUCAAAAAGAAAACUUGUGUUCAUAAGUGUUGUGUAUUAAUGUACAUGUAUGAUCAGUAAAUGUGCAUGUUUAAUGUACAUGUACUAUUAAUAAUAGAUGACCCAUUAAUCUGUAGGGGAAAAUAAUUGUAUUAAUAUGUACUAAAAACUUUGAGCUGUUUGGAGAAAUUGUUUUUUGAAG